GAAAGUGGACCCUAGUAGUGGCGAUGCACAGAUAAACUUUACAUCCCGAUAGACGGAAAACGAACUCAUUCCACACAGCUCUCUCUCUUUUCUCAUCCAAUUCAAGCUCCCUUCAACAUCUCACACUAACCAUUCCAAGCUGGUGUGAAUUGAUUUUCCUCACAACCAAUGGCCCAGAUCACGUGGUCAGCCCUCGCCAUUGCAUGUGCGGCCAUGAUCGCAUCGAUCUCCGCCGAAAAGCCCACGUGCCGAUCAUACUGCGGAAAUCUCACCGUCGACUACCCGUUCGGCAUCCGAUCGGGCUGUGGCCAUUCGGGUUUCCGCGACCUGCUCUUCUGCGUCAACGACGUGCUCAUGUUCCACAUCAGGUCGGGCUCGUAUCGGGUCCUGGACAUCGACUACGGGUAUCGGGCACUGACGCUCCACGACCGUGGCAUGUCCACGUGCGACUCGCUCGAGCGAGGCAAGGGCAACGGCUUCGUACUCGAGCCAUGGCGCGCCCCGUACCUCGAGCCGGCUCCCGACAAUGUGUUCAUGCUCAUCGGCUGCCGCGGCGAGUCGCCGCUCUUCCAAGGCUUCCCUGGCAAGCACUUGCCGUGUCGUAACGUUUCGGGCAUGGGCUGCGACGAGUACUACGGCUGCACGGCUUGGGACACGUGGCCAAAGCGCGACGCGGUGUACGGAACCGGUCCGCCCGAGUGUUGCUCGGUGCCGUUCGGGGCCAUACGUGCCAUCAACCUCACACGGCUCGAGUGUGAGGGGUAUAGCAGCGCGUAUAGCCUCGCGCCGUUGCAGGUGGUGGGGCCCAGUGAGUGGAUGUAUGGGAUACGUGUGAACUACAAUGUGCCUGGGGACUAUACGUUCUGCCGAGCGUGCGAGGCGACGGGUGGCACGUGCGGGUUCGACGGUGUGGCCUUUGGGGAUCUGUGUCUCUGUGGGGGUUGGAAUUCUACGUCGAAUUGCGAUUCAGAUAGGUCGUUGGCUAGUAGGCCCACUUCAUCAGUGGUGGAAACAUUGCCAGGACUCUUCUUGGCUUGCAUUGUAGCAUGGAUGACCAUGCGUUGAAGUUUUAGUAAGAGCUUGUCAUGUCAGCGAGUAAUUGGGCCCACUGCCAGAUCUUCUAGCGUCAAGUGCCACGUCAGCAAUUCUCUUUCUUCUUGCCGUUGAAACACGGUUGAGAUCUUUUCACAUGAAUUUUCUUGAUAGAGGUUUUGAGAUUGGAUUUGAGGAUACAUCAGUGUAAUGAGUGAGGGAUGAGCGACAGUUUGGUAAUGUAUGAAAAAUCUCUGUUACGUGU